UAGACAUCAAAUGAUCAAAAAUAUUGACACGGCAGCCACGGCAGUUUAUUCGUAAACAUUUUUAUUAUUUCUCUACACAAUACAAAAAACUUAUAAGAUGGGUGGUGAAGGAAAAUGCACGUUUGGCACGCGGAUGCCCAUCGAUAUACACAUGCUCAACGAAAUCAUUUACAGGGAGGUGAAACACUUCAGAAACUACAAGAUAUACAGACCUAACUUCGGAUCUAUCCCUGUAACUGGGAAGUUCUACGCGGCGCACGACCAGCUAAAAGCAGAGUCACAAGAACAGACUAAGAAGGUCGAUGACUACCACCACAACGUGGCACAGACCAGGGCUAAAGGACCCCGCAGUAAAUACCCAUCUGCGGCCACGGAGAAUCAAGUAUACGGGUGGUACAACGAACCUUUGGUCCGUAUCGACCGCAACGACCGCAGACUUUACCACCCCAAGACGGAGAGCAUUCACACCAAGAUAGAAAUCAUCAUUUCCAUGGCCAAAGUUUAAAACAAAGCAUCUGCUAGAGCAUAAACGAAUCGCAUUUAUUCCUUAUGCAGUGAUCCGACCCGUGGCGCCGCGAAUUCUUCCUAAUAGCAUGUUUCAUAGUAAAUAUAUCGACGGUUGAAAGGCAUUGGCUUAAGCGACAUUUUGCGACACUAAGUUUCAAAAAUAUUUAAAAUCAGCACGAUUUUUCUAUGUUUUUUUAACUUAGUUAAAAUUUUUCGUAAGAAAAUGUCGCUUAAGUAAAUUCAAACGUCGAUAUAGUGGUUAAUUGACGCAAAUCGAUUUUACUAUACUUGGUAAGCCUAGUCGCCACUAUCCAUAAGAAUAUGGUUAGAAAUAUUCAUCAAAAUGUAUCCAGUACCUAUUAAUGUAAAAUUUAUCGCUAUUUAUGUUUUGUAUGUUUUUACUUAAGACUUCAAAUUUAUUUUUA